AUGCAGAAAAAGUGCUCCGAACAGGAUGACAUCAUCAAAAUUUUGAGGAAGAAUCUGAAUGGCGCUCAAAGAGACAUGCUCGAGGCCAAGCGAGAGAAAGAGGAAGCCCAGUCAAAAGAGCGCUUAAAAUAUCAAGCAGAAGUGGGACGGUUGCAGAGCAACGUGAAGUCUCUCGAGGAGUCGAAGGCGGAGUUGCACGAGAAGCUCAAGAACGCUGAGCACGAAGAUGCUGCCCAAAUCAAAUCUGCUUCUGAUGCGCUGUACGCGGACAACCUGGCAAGCAAGCAGUAA